AGUGAUAGUCUUUCACCAUGAAUCGGAAGAAGGUGGAUAACAGAAUCCGGAUUCUCAUUGAGAAUGGCGUCACUGAGCGGCAGAGGUCUCUGUUUGUUGUAGUUGGAGAUCGAGGAAAAGAUCAGGUGGUCAUACUCCAUCAUAUGUUGUCCAAAGCAACUGUGAAGGCCCGGCCUUCGGUCCUGUGGUGUUAUAAGAAAGAGCUGGGGUUUAGCAGUCACCGGAAGAAGAGAAUGCGGCAGUUACAGAAGAAAAUAAAGAGCGGAACCUUGAACAUAAAGCAAGAUGACCCCUUCGAGCUCUUUGUCGCAGCUACCAACAUUCGCUACUGCUACUACAAUGAAACCCACAAGAUCCUGGGCAAUACUUUUGGCAUGUGUGUCCUCCAGGAUUUCGAAGCCUUAACUCCGAACUUGCUUGCCAGAACUGUAGAAACAGUAGAAGGCGGUGGGCUGGUGGUUAUCCUCCUACGGACCAUGAACUCACUUAAGCAGUUGUACACAAUGACCAUGGAUGUGCAUUCCAGAUACAGGACUGAGGCCCAUCAAGAUGUGGUGGGAAGGUUUAAUGAGAGGUUUAUUCUCUCUCUGGCAUCUUGUAAGAAGUGUCUGGUCAUUGACGACCAGCUCAACAUUCUGCCCAUCUCCUCCCAUGUGGCCACCAUUGAGGCCUUACCUCCACAGGCUCCGGAUGAGAAUCUCAGUCCUUCUGCUCUGGAGCUUCAGGAGUUGAAAGAGAGCCUACAGGACACUCAGCCUGUUGGUGUGUUGGUGGACUGCUGCAAGACACUAGACCAGGCCAAAGCUGUCUUGAAAUUCAUUGAAGGGAUCUCAGAGAAGACCCUAAGGAGUACCGUGGCACUCACUGCUGCCCGAGGACGGGGGAAAUCUGCAGCCCUGGGAUUGGCUAUUGCUGGAGCAGUGGCAUUUGGGUACUCUAAUAUUUUUGUUACCUCCCCAAGUCCAGAUAACCUCCACACUCUGUUUGAAUUCGUAUUUAAAGGAUUUGAUGCUCUGCAGUAUCAGGAGCACCUGGAUUACGAGAUUGUUCAGUCUCUAAAUCCUGAGUUUAAUAAAGCGGUGAUAAGGGUGAAUGUUUUCCGGGAGCACAGGCAGACCAUUCAGUACAUCCAUCCUGCAGAUGCAGUGAAGCUGGGCCAGGCUGAGCUUGUUGUGAUUGAUGAAGCUGCCGCCAUUCCCCUCCCACUGGUGAAGAGCCUGCUUGGGCCUUACCUCGUUUUCAUGGCAUCCACCAUCAAUGGCUACGAGGGCACUGGCCGCUCACUGUCCCUCAAGCUUAUUCAGCAGCUUCGUCAGCAGAGUGCCCAGAGCCAGGUCAGCACCACUGCUGAGAACAAGACCACUACAACAGCCAGACUGGCCUCAGUGAGGACCUUGCAUGAGGUUUCCCUCCAGGAGUCGAUCCGCUAUGCCCCUGGGGAUGCAGUGGAGAAGUGGUUGAACGACCUGCUGUGCCUGGACUGCCUCAACAUCACUCGCAUAGUUUCUGGCUGCCCCUUGCCUGAGGCCUGCGAGCUCUAUUAUGUUAAUAGAGAUACCCUCUUUUGCUACCACAAGGCCUCUGAAGUUUUCCUCCAGCGACUCAUGGCCCUCUAUGUGGCUUCUCAUUACAAGAACUCUCCCAAUGACCUCCAGAUGCUUUCUGAUGCACCUGCUCAUCACCUCUUCUGCCUUCUGCCCCCUGUGCCUCCCACCCAGAAUACUCUGCCAGAAGUGCUUGCAGUUGUCCAGGUAUGCCUUGAGGGGGAGAUUUCUCGACAGUCCAUCUUGAAUAGCCUGUCUCGAGGCAAGAAGGCUUCAGGGGACCUGAUUCCAUGGACAGUGUCAGAACAGUUUCAGGAUCCAGACUUCGGAGGCCUUUCUGGUGGAAGGGUUGUUCGCAUUGCUGUGCACCCAGAUUAUCAAGGGAUGGGCUAUGGUAGCCGUGCUCUGCAGCUGCUACAGAUGUACUAUGAAGGCAGGUUCCCUUGUCUGGAGGAAAAGGUCCUUGCAACAUCACAAGAAAUCCACACCGUGAGCAGUGAGGCUGUCAGCUUGUUGGAAGAAGUCAUCACUCCACGGAAGGACCUGCCUCCCUUACUCCUUAAACUGAACGAGAGGCCUGCGGAGUGUCUGGAUUACCUGGGGGUUUCCUAUGGCUUGACCCCCAGGCUCCUCAAGUUCUGGAAACGAGCUGGUUUUGUUCCUGUCUAUUUGAGACAGACCCCAAAUGACCUGACUGGAGAACACUCAUGCAUCAUGCUGAAGAUGCUGGCUGAUGAGGACGAGACUGAGCAGGGAGCUUGGCUUGCAGCCUUUUGGAAAGAUUUCCGAAGACGGUUCCUGGCCUUGCUGUCCUACCAGUUCAGCACCUUCUCUCCGCCCGUGGCUCUGAACAUCAUUCAGAACAGGAACAUAGGGAAGCCAGCCCAGCCAGCCCUAGGCCGGGAGCAGCUGGAGGCGCUUUUCCUCCCGUACGACUUGAAGCGGCUAGAGAUGUACUCUCGGAACAUGGUGGACUAUCACCUCGUCAUGGACCUCAUCCCAGCCAUUUCCCAGUUGUAUUUCCUGAACCAGCUGGGGGAUCUCGCCCUGUCUGCUGCCCAGUCAGCUCUUCUCUUGGGAAUUGGCCUACAGCAUAAAUCUGUGGAUCAGCUGGAAAAGGAGAUCGAGCUCCCCUCAGGCCAGUUGAUGGGGCUUUUCAAUCGGAUCGUCCGCAAAGUUGUGAAGCUAUUUAAUGAUGUGCAGGAAAAGGCCAUUGAGGAGCAAAUGGUGGCAGUGAGGGAUGUCGUCAUGGAGCCCACGAUGAAGACCCUGAGUGAUGACCUGGAUGAAGCAGCAAAGGAAUUCCAGGAGAAACACAAGAAAGAAGUGGAAAAGCUGAAGAACAUGGACCUCUCUCAAUACAUAAUUCGAGGGGACGACGAAGAAUGGAAUGAAGUUUUAAACAAAGCUGGGCAGAACACCUCCAUUGUCAGCCUGAAAAGUGACAAGAAAAGGAAGUUGGACACAAAACAAGAACCCAAACAGAACAAGAAGUUGAAGAAAAACAGAGAGAUGAAGAACAAAAAAGAGAUGAAACUGAAGUGGAAGAAAUAGUGAAGAGCGAAGGGAUAACACAGACUUCCAAACCAUUUGUAGCUGUGCAGGGUGGCAGCCUGGACAGUAAGAGCAGCAAGAGUCCCCAGCAGAGGCAGGUGCCAGGACUCAGGCCUGUCAGUCCACCUGUGUGCCCUCCAUGCUUAAAGGCAAACUCGCUCCCAAAUGAUCUGCUUAGAACUUGGUGGGCAAAGCUGUGGCACUGCCAGGGGGCUGUCAUCUGUUUCCCCACCCUCCUCCACAAGAGCCGCCUUUUCCAGAAGUUCCCACUUCACAUUGGGCCGUGUUGAUUCUUGUUCUUCGCUGCCAUUCGAUACACAGCUUUCUUGUGGACUCCUGGGUCUCGUUGUGGACCUGUCCAGGGCUGCAGGACAUCUUGCACAUCUUCUGUUCCUCUCCUGGCUGCAGCUGACCUGCUGCCCUCAGUGUCCUAGGAAAGCCUGAGCCCUAAGUUAAGUAGGCCACAACAUCUGAGUCCCUAGAUCCUAUUGGUUACAUCGUUUGGGAAUGUCAAGAAAGGCUCUUCCUAGCAGAGCUAAGGGGGAGGGAGAGAGUAUCUAUUUUUAAUAAUAUCCUAGAAAGACCAUUUGCCUGUCUGCUUAUAAAAUCCAUGUCUUUGGAAAGUUGUAUGUUGCCUUGUUCUUGCUGGGCUUUGCUGCCAGAUCAGAUAUGGGUCUUUAGGUAUCAUGGCCACAGGUGUACUUUGUGACUAGAGCUUCCCAACCUAGGCACCUAUGGGAGAAGUAGCAGUUACUGAGUGGCACAGUACUCACUUUGAGGGCUUGGUGUGGUAAUUGGAGCUCAGCUUCUGCCAGGUCCUUUAGUCUAUCCUAUUUAUUGGGGACAGAAGUUACCUGGUUUUAUUGUGUAUACUCUGUGCCUGUGUUUGAUGAUGUCUACAUCAUGAAUGCACAUAGAUCUUUGCCCAGCACUAAUUGGCAGAAGUCUUAAUUGACAAGGUGGGGAAAAGAAGCUUCUAGACCAACAGGUAAUAAGCAUAGGACUUAUGGGGGCAGAACUUCUAGCAGGAGAAGCAUGGGUGCUGUGCCCAUUGCUAGGACUGUUCUGCCUCCUCUUCAGGUCAGGCCCUGUUUCAUGGAACUACCCUUCUUGCCACAUACUCUCUGCACACCCUAUGUUGGUCUGCAGGGAAGCUUGUUGAGAUGAGACAGGAAAGUGCUUUUUUGGCUAUGUUCUUAGGUGGCUGCUCAAGGCUGCCAGAAUCUGGGUGUGGUAGCCUUUAAUCCCAGCACUUGGGAGGCAGAGGCAGGUGAAUCUCUGAGUUCAAGCCUACCCGGUCUACAUAGUUUCAGGCCAGCUGAGGCUACAGGGAGACCCUGUCUCAAAAAGACCCCACCCCACUCCAAAGAAUAUGGCCAGAAAAGCAGUGUGGGAUUCCCAGAUGGUAGAGCUGGUUAGUUUGAUAGAAGUCCAAGCCCUUGCUCAUGUCCCCAGCCCUAAGACUGUCCACUAGCUCUGUUCUGGGCACAAUGUGGGGUUUUUGAGGCCACACCAGCCUUAUGAGGUUGGUUAUGGCUUUGUCCUGACCCUCUCAGAUCUUGGGCACCACUGUGGUUUUAGUGUCCCCAGUCUCCAUGUGGUUGGGAGGGCUCUGCCCUCAUGAGCACAUUGAUCUGUGUGAAUAAAUGGGUUGACAAAAA